UAGUUAUAUUAAAAAUUAUCACAAUGACACAACGAGGAGAUGUUUCUGUUGCAUUGGACAUGGGGAAAAUUGGUUCCAUAGGUUCUGGAGCAGAUCUUCGUCAAAGAAGUCACACUGAUACUUUGAAUUCUACAGGUGUUAUCCAUCCAUUUGUAAAGCACAAUAAAUCAGUAUGGGGUUCUGCAAGGAGAGAGCUAGGAGGUCUUCUAGCUGAGAGUGGGGCUAAGAAGGUACUACUCUUCAUAGGGAUUACCAUUGUGUCAUAUGUGAUGUUAAUGUCUUGGUGCCGCACCACUAACAGCCUAGCUCUCUUGGCGUAUACCUAUCUCAUAAUGUUCGGUGUAUUAAAUUUGCUAACUAUUCUAUUGACCAUGUGGGUGCAGAAACAGCCUCCAUCCCCUGCUUUCUCUUUUGGGUAUGAGAGGUUUGAGGUGAUUGCAGUAUUUGCUACUACUAUACUGGCACAACUGGGCUCACUGUUCAUUAUGAAAGAAAGCAUUGAGAGAAUGAUCAUACAGCCAGAAAUACACACUGGUCGACUCCUCAUUGCUACACUGUUUGCCUUCCUGGUUCAUAUGAUGCUAGCCUAUGGUGUAGAGAACAAGGCCAUGAACCAUGUGAUUGCUGCAUCAACCUCCAGCUGGCUGCAGGAGCAUGUGGCAGACAUGAGUGAAGGACUUUGCCAUGUAGUACCUGGUUUAAGCAAGCUACUUCUUCCUCGGAUCAAUCCAUUUACUUUAAUAGCCUUUGCUGGCAGUCUAGCUCUUAUCCUGGAGUACAUACUCAUUGAUAUCAAUAACUAUUUCUCAGCUGACACUUGUGCUGCAUUGUGGAUUGCAGUGAUGAUUUGCGGCACCAUGUUUCCUAUGGCCAUCUAUAGUGGAAAGAUGUUGUUACAGACUACACCAGCUCACAUUAUUGGUCAACUGGACAAGUCUAUUAGAGAAGCAUCUACACUGGAUGGCGUGCUUGAGUUCAGAAAUGAACAUUUUUGGACACUUUCAUUUGGAGUACUGGCUGGAUCUGUACAUGUCAGGAUACGUCGAGAUGCAGAUGAACAAUUAGUGCUCGCACACGUUGCUAACAGAUUAUCCAAUGUUGUAAAAAAUCUGACAAUACAGACGUUCAAAGAUGAUUGGACACGUGGGUCUACCUUCCACAUGUCAAGAACCCCAAAUCUGGGGACAACACUUUCUACUCCAGGGGUUUCCCCUAUCAAAAUCAAUUCCAGCAUAACACAAGAUGGGUAUAGCAGUGUAAAUCUUGGUGCUCAAUUACCAGACUUGAAACCAACUUUAAAUCAUAGUCAUAGUCAUUUAAACAAUAUGCCCCCACCACUAGGGGGUGCCUAUAGCCCAUAUAUAUCAAGUGGCAAAUCUAGUCCCCAAAGUACAUACAAUAUUGGAGUGAAAGCUCCUGAAAUAACUCCACUUAGUACUAGCACACCAUAUGGGACCCCAAGUGCUCCUAGGAUGCCUGGUCAAAAUCUCCAAAGAAUCACUUUAAAUACAAACAAUCAAAGGACUCAACAGACUAACCAAAGGACUACAUAUGAUUUAGGAUCUAGUCAGUUUUACUCCGCAACAUCUGCGAACAUUGGUGCUGGUAAUCAUGGUAACCAAAACAACAGUAGCUUCUCAGGACAUAUCAACGAAAACAUGGUGCCAUUUUUAGGAGGCAGUUUUUCCAAACCAAAUUAUGAACCAUCGUAAUUAAAGUUUUGGUGGAGUCACCUAAAAUGGCUAUUUAUGUAUAUGUGCUGUAUUUACAUAUUAUUAGGGUAUAUAAAUGUUAUAGAUGGGUCAAACAAAUAGUUCCUCAACUGCCAUUAUUCUGUGACGUUUAUUGUAAUAUCUAAU